AUGCACCUUAACCACCAGUCAGACGGUUCCUUUCUUCACAGUACUCUCAGACCACUUACAUCUCACUUACUUAAUACUGCCGAUUCAACGUUGGCUAUCCUUCGCGAGUCAAAGGCCGUUGCUGCCAUGAAUGUUACACGAGCUCACAUCACGGCUUCCGAAUCGGCAGUCUUACCUCGGCAAUCUGGUUGUCUGCCAAACACUUGCCCCACUUCUAUUUACCUUCCAGGUCCACAUCUAGUCACCUCAGCUGCUACAUGCCAGCCCUUAGUCAAUCGCGUGCCCUCCACAAUGACUAGUUCUACAGUUUUUGACAACACCAUCGUAGACCUUACUCCUGAAUGCCCUGAAAUUCCCGGCAUUUUGUGCGUCAAGCCGUCUGAGGAGACAGGAACCACAAGGACUCUCUCAAACAACUCACGGCAAACCAUAAUCAAGUUGUCAGGGACUGACUUGGUCGAUCAGCAUUUCAAGAUGUCGUUGGACAAACACAGCGUUCCUGAGAAUUCUCCUGACGGGCAAAUCGCCCCCACGGGGCCUCUUUCACGCCUAUUCCUAUCUGGGUCAAAACUUGGAGGCCAGGAUCCACCGACCCAAUUUGCAUUAUCCUCUAUCGCUUCUUUCUCAUCCUCCUGCUCAUCCCUUUGCUACUCCUCGGUCUUCAAGCCGACUCUUGAGCCAUCCCCACAAUCACCUGGAGAGUCUUCAUUUCAGAAACUUGCUAUCCAUAGGGAUGAGCAAGGUCCUGUUGGGGCAUGUUCUUCGACUCAGUCUAGCUCUUCAGCUUCGAGUUCAUCUUCUUAUUUGCCUCCUUCCACCUUGUUGACAUCAACUUUCUCUUCCCCACUUUGUUCUCAGACUUCUUCUGAGUUCCCAUCCUUAUUUUGCCUAUCCUCGUCCUCCGACUCCAAUUUGUACACCCUAACGAAUUCGUCGAAUUUGUCAGGAAAAACACUAGUGUCAUCGUCAUCAUCAGCAGUCUGUCCAUCUAUUCCCUCUUCUAAGUCUACAAUCUCUACUUCUUUAUCAUCAGCAAAAGUAGAACCUCUUCCCUUAGGGGCCGCCAACAUAAUCCCUUGUGUUGGUCCAGGCAAGCUUCUUGCCGGCUCGAGCGGGACGACAAUGUCUCUAAAAAAACGCCUCAUGCAACGCUACGAGGCCGACAGUUGCCCCUCCCCGCCACAAUUGAAGCGGCCGGGUCAUAUUGUCUGCUCUCCUCAUUCUCCUGCCCCAACUUGCCCUGAAUCCUCAUCCUUUUCCAUUCCUUCUGAAUUCUGUCCCAAUCAUAAAAGCCCUCUACAAUCGGCUUCUUCAAUUCCAUUAGAAUUGCGCACGACGUACCCCAUCAUGUCUAGCCUGACUACACAUCACUCAUGUCAAUCGAAUUCUUUUGAUGCUGGCACGUUUGUGACUCUAGAAUCUGGCAGGUUUCGAGCCAAUUUGACGGAAGCUGAGCAUUUACGAGAUUCUCUGGCCCCAUCUACAACUGAAACUCUGCCAUCCCCAGUGUUAAUACCAGCAUUGACCUCAUCUCUGCUUUCCCAGCCACAAUCUGAUUUUACUUCGUCUUUUGAGACGACUGCUGGCAAGACAAGUGCUACCUCGGCUUUUCUGAUGUCUUCAUACCAGAAAUUGCCCACUUCUGCAUCUACCUCUGAGUUGUCUACUGAUACACCGGCGGCUAUAAUGCCGGAUCAUGAAGGGGAUGGCUCUUGCAUUUAUGUUAGAGUGAGUUUUAUAUUUAAACUAUUUUUCAAUACUUUUAUCAAUGAGGUUGAUUUUUCGUCCAAUCCUUAA